CAAAGAGAUACCAUUUAGUUCAAAUAUCUGGAAGUGCCAGAGCAUGACAGUAAACAUCCAGGAGGGUGUUAGUACAUGCCUAUAUUCCCAGUACCCAGAAGGCUAAGGUAGAAAAGUUGUCCUGGCUCACAUGCAUUUGAGACUAACUUGACCUGCACAAGUUCCAGGCCAUCAAGAGCUAUAUAGCUAGAUCUUGAAAAACAAGGAAGGAAGGAAGGGGAGGAGAGGGAGAGGAGAGGGAGAGGAAACACUCAGGUGUCCAGGUAGGGAAGGAAACCCAAAAAGAAAUGAAAAUGAAAAUCAGGUUUAGGAGCUGGCUGUAGAGAUGGCUCAGAGGUUAAGAACACCUGCAGUUCUUCCAGAGGUCCUGAGUUUAAUUCAAUUAUAUGGUGUCUCAUAGCCAUCUAUACUGUGAUAUGAUGCCCUCUUCUGGCAUAUAGGCAUACAUGCAGGCAGAGUACUCUAUACAUAGUAAAGAAACCCUAAAUAAAUUUUAAAAAAGAAAGAAAGAAAGAAAGAAAGAAAGAAAGAAAGGAAAGGAAAGAAGGAAAGUAAGGAAGAAAGGAAGGAAGAGAGGAAGAAACAAAGGAAGGAAGGAAGAAAGGAAGGAAGGAAGGAAGGAAGGGAGGAAGGAAGGAAGUAAGAAAGGAAGGAAGAAAGGAAGAAACAAAGGAAGAAACAAAGGAAGGAAGAAAGGAAGGAAGAAAGGAAGGAAGGAAGGAAGGAAGGAAGGAAGAAGGAAGAAAGGAAGGAAGGAAGAAAGAAGGAAGAAGAAAGAAAGGAAGGAAGAAAGAAAAGGAAGGAAGAAACAAACAAAGAAAUGAAGGAAGGAAGAAUGGAAGAAAGAAACAAAGAAAUGAAAGAAGGAAGGAAGAAAGGAAGAAAGGAAGGAAGAAAGGAAGGAAGGAAGAAAAACAGGUUUAGAUUGACUUAGUUUAUCUGGAUCAGAUAUCAGGUAGUCUAGUGCAGGUGGUUCAUUGUCAGAAUAUUAAAACAGUAGAAAUUGGGAAAGGUUUCCAGGUAAGAAUCAUUCCAAUUCCAGGUACUCAAUAAAGCUUAAAGUAUGACUACAUAGAAACGUCUUUACAAAGUACAUGUGACCAUGAAGGUGGGUUCUAUAGCUGAAUGGCCUAGAAUCUAAUGUGGUCUCUGAGAUAGCAUAGAGGUUAGCAGGUCAUAAAGCACAGGUGACAUCUCCCCUAAGGAUAGGGUUUAUUGGGUUUGUUUCAUCAUUACAGUUCAUCGUCUAAGGAAGUCAAAACAAGAACCCGAACAAGAACCUGGAGCAGAGGCCAUGGAGAAGUGCUGCUUACUGGCUUGCUCCACAUGGCGUGUUCAGCCUUUCUUAUAGAAACUUGGACCACCUCCCUGCAGUGGGCUGUGCCCUUUCACAUCAGUUACUAAUGUUAAAAUAUGACCUACAGGCCUGCCUACAGAUCUUAUAGAGGGAUUUUCUCAACUGAGGCUCCAUUCCUUGGUGGGCUGCAGUCAAGUCACAAAGUCACACCAUGCAUCUGAUUUAAGGCAUGAGUUUGGGGGGUGGGGGGUGGAGAUUGAAAGUCUUGAACUGGGGACAUGAGAGAGAGAGAUAGACAGACAGAAAGAAUGAAUAAGACAGAGGUGUAAGGGGAGGUGCCGAUACUAAGGUCUAUUUCCCUAAUUGGUUGUUGAUUUGUUAAUAAAGAAGACCAGGAGCCAUUUGCUGGGUGAAAGGUACAAGUGGGACUUCCGAGUCCCAAGAAGAAAGGCAUAUGAGGGAAGAGAGGGGCUUUUCAGCUAUGCCUUGGAGGAAAAGGGACACUGAAAUCAUGUAAGGCCUUGGGACAGCUGGUCCCUGCUAUGGGAGGGUAGCCAAGGAUGUGGAGGAGAGAUGGGGAUAAUUAAUUGAUGAGGGCAUGCCUUUUUAGGCAGGAGAUUCUGUGUGUGACCAGAAACUGUCACAAAAGGCAAGCUGAAAAGUGACAAACUGUAUUUUUUAUGCUCAGAUGCAAUGGUGGGGCUGGUAAUGCAACCCAUCCUGGGACAAGGGUCAUGGGAGUGGGCUGGUGGUGCAGUCUACUCCCUGAGCAAGGAGGGUAGAGAGUGAGAGAUGCCAAGUCAGUGCUGGCAGCCUGGCAGAAGCCAGAAGGAACAAAGGGAGCCAGGAGGGGUCAGAGCCCCAUCGCAGCUCCUGGGCAAAGGCAGUAUUGUGUUUCUAAAACUACCGGCAACACAGAGGGAAUGAGAGAGGGGGAGAGAGAGGUGUGGCCAGGGCUUUAUAUGUGCCAUACCUAGUGGAAGUGGGUGAUGGCAUAAACUACUGUGGCUGAAUCACUUAAAGGCAGGUUGACAAAGCAACUAAUUUACAAUACCCUCUUCUCCAAUGAUUCUAGGCUGUGUUAAAAUGACAUAAAACUAGACAGCACAUAUACCGUUCCUUUAUAUAAAUACCAGAAACAGCUGGCCUGCUAUGUAUGCAAACAAGACCAAGACAUUUAUUUAUUUAUUUCAAGACAGAGUCUAACUAUGCAGCUCUGGCUGCCCUGGAACUCACUUUGUAGACCAGGCUGGCCUCAAACUCACACAGACCCAUCUGUCUCUACCUCCCAAGUGUUGGGAAUAAAGGCAUGUACCACUAAGCCUGUAGGGUAUUUUUAAAAUUAGUGAUUGAUGUGGGAGAGUGCAGCCCACUGCAGGAAGGUGAUCUAUAAGUUUCUAUAAGAAAGCAGGCUGAGCAAGCCAUGUGGAGCAAGCCAGUAAGCAGCACUUCUCCAUGGCCUCUGCAUCAGCUCCUGUCUCCAGGUUCCUGUUGGGUUCUUGUCCUGACUUCCUUAGAUAAUGAACAGUAAUGGUGGAAAAAAAAAACCAAUAAACCCUUUCUUCCCAAAGUUACUUUGUUCAUGGUGACUCAUUGCAGCAGUGGUGAGCAUAACUAGGAGUGUAUUUAUAUAAAGGAAACCUUUUUGGUCUAAGACAUUAAGCGUUUUAGAACUCUUACAACGAUAAACAGCCUAUACCCAUCAGCUCAGUUGAUAUAGCAUCUCAAAGUAACAUGCCCAGAACAGGAUGCCUGAUCUUCCCUGACCAUCCCACAUCUGUUAGUCCCACAGUUUUUCACCUUGGUAAAUGGCAGCUUCAGCCUUCCAGUUAUUAGACCAAAAAUUCUUAUUGUAGUCCUUGACUACUAUAGAGUAGCAGAGUUACUGCUGGUACAUAUAUGAACAGGAACAAAAGAUAAUUUCUGUAGAGACUGCACUCAUUGGAGAUGAAGGAGUAAAAAUAAAUAUAUACCCUAAGUUAAAUGCAUAGGGUUAACAUAUAUGUAGCAUGCUACUAUAUAAUUUUAAGUAUGUGGGAAAGGACUUGCAAUAGAAAAAAAAUAGAGAAAGCUAAAGAGGAAGGAAGGGGCUAGACCACGGUUGCAAGGUUAGUCAGAGUUGGCCUUACUGAGGAAGAAACAUUUUGUCAAGGAAGAGAGAACUGAAAAACUUUUGCCCUAUAAUAACUGUGUGCAAACAUCUAUCCCAAGACAACACCCAUAUGGAAGCAUACAGACAGGGCCCUAAAUGCUUAAUUCACAAUAUCAGGCUCUGGUGUUUGUUAUAGCCAUCCCCACCUGCCCCCAUACAAGGCUCCUGACCCUUACCACUCAUAGCCUUUACUAAAAAAGCACUUCUGUUUGUGACUGUGCAACUCUCAUAACUCAAAAGUGUUUUCCCGUGGGAUCUGAAAAUCAUUCUUUUAUUCAUCAGACUGUUGUGAAAUGUCUAUGGGAACAUUUCCACUAUGAUAGCACCAAGAAUAAAGGAUGAAACUCCUGUCCUUACCAAAGCCAAAGUCAACUCAAAAGCUUUCAAUAUCAAACAAGCAGUUAUGAAAGGCAUCUACAGAUCACCCCCCCCCCCACCAUGGCCCAAGAGGCAGCCCAAGUACUCAAGUACCUACAUGGAUAAAGACAUACAGCUACUGUGUGUGUGCAUGCAUACACACACCAUAAAAAAGCAGCGUGAUAUGAAAGUGUAAGAACAGACAUGGAACAUGAUAAUAUUUAAAUGUGUCAAAGUCAAAUUUUCUGCUUCUGAGUCCUGCCUCAAACUUGUGAUGAUCUGAGAAGCUAUUGUCAUGAUUGCACACCAUAUGGUUAACUACAAAGGGAAUUAAAUGCAACGUGAAUGUGCAUGUACUCUUACUUAACUUACGUUACUGUUUCAGAUUACAAGAUAAUUCACUUAAAAUCACUACUGAGUUUAAAGUCACACUAAGUGUUAUUAUGGGUUCUAGAACUAGACAUUUAUUUGAAUUUUAUCAUUUGGGUAAGUGGUAAGAAAAUAAGUCUGAAUCUGUCUCUUUCUGUAGACCUGUAAUAAAAUAAUCAACCUUGGGAGUUUUCACAAUUAGAGAAACAGAGUAUUUGGUGCUCAGCAAAUGCCAUGUAUUGUAAAAAGGUGAGAUCACAUCAUACUUAAGAACUGAUACUUUUCCGCGCAUGAUUGUUCCCAAAGGGUUUCUCUCCCUCUCUUUCCUAAAUAGCCGGGAAUACAAGAGAAAAUUGUUACAAUGAAUCAGGUGACCUGGCAGGGAAUUUCUCAAUUACUACCUUUUCUCUCCAUAUGACAUAUGUGUGAUAGGAGACCCUUUCGAUUUACAUUGUACUAUAAACAAAAGCAAACAUGUAGAGACCAAUUUGGCCGGGUUUGUUUGUUUGGUUUGGUUUCAGAUCCUAAAAUUACUGUGGCUGAACAAGUAAGUACACAGGAAACUCGGAAAUUUCACUUUGCCAAACAAGGCUCUCUAUACGUUUGACUCAUCCUCUCAUACCCUUAAAAGAAUCGAAUUUCUAUACUCUUUUUCUUUUGUAACGGGAGUGUAAUACACUAUAGGGACGUGAAAGCAAUAUCCUUUACACUUUAGAUGAAUGUUACCAACCCCUGGAUAGGUCUUCCCGUCAGAAAACGCCUUUGAGCAGUGGGCUCCUGCGGCUGCGCUGCUUUCGUCAUCACGGAGCGCCGGGCUUGCCCUCUGAUCGUCGCCCUUUUAGAGGCCGAGCUAUCUGGUGUGUCCCAUACCCAGAGUCUGGCCCUGCGCGUGCGCAGACUCCGUGUCACUAGGCGGGCCACCCUAGGGCGGCGAUUCCAGGUGCAUCCGCCCGAGGCGGGCCUUGCGCACCUCAGCUGAUCCUGACGUCGCCUUUCGGCCGCCAUGGCUGAGAAGCAAGCGGGCUUGGUCGGAGAGCCGGAUCCCGAGGGGUCCUCGCCUGGGACCUCGGAGUCCUGGAACUAUGACAGCAACUGCGUGUUCUGCCGCGUGGCGGCGGGUCAGGAACCCAAAACUGAACUCUUUCACUGUGAGAAUGAAGACCUGGUUUGUUUCAAAGAUAUCAAACCAGCGGCACUUUAUCAUUAUCUCGUCGUGCCAAAGAAGCAUAUUGGAAGUUGCAAGGAUCUAAACAAAGAUCACAUAGAAAUGGUUUAUUCCAGGUCUGUUUUAGUGGCCGUUUUCACCAGGGUCUGGGUUAGUUUGGCAGUACUGUAUGGCACUCUACAACGGAUAAAUGAGACUAGACUCUUUAGAGUCGAGAGCAUGGUGGCUGCUGGGAAAACCAUGCUUGAGAGGAAUAAUUUCACUGACUUCACAGAUGUAAGAAUGGGUUUCCAUGUUCCUCCAUUCUGUUCCAUCUCUCAUCUGCACCUUCAUGUGAUAGCACCAGUCAAAGAGUUUGGCUUCUUAUCAAAGCUGGUUUACAGGCAGGAUUCCUACUGGUUUGUCACAGUUGAUUACUUGCUUGAAAAACUAAGAAAAUAAAAAUGUGAACCAUGGACAAGUUCCUUACCUGAUUCAGAAGAACUGUUGGUUUGUUCUCUUUGCAGGCUAAUUGCAGUCUGAGGUUUGCUGACUCAUACAUGACACUACCACUGAGUAGCCUUACAUUUUUUCUGCAUAUCUGUUUUCUGACAUAUGCCAUAGUUACGUGAAAAUUUUCUCACUGACUUCUUUGUUUCUUUUUUUUUUCUUUUUAAACAUUUAUUUGUUUAUUUAUGUAUAUGAUUACACUGUAGUUGUCUUCAGACACACCAGAAGAGGGCGUCAGAUCACAUUAUAGAUGGUUGAGAGCCACCAUGUGGUUGCUAGGAAUUGAACUUGAGUUCAGUUGACCUUUGGAAGAGCAGUCAGUGCUUUUUUUUUUUUUAAACACAAAUAAUUUUUAUUUGAAAAUAUGGUAGAUGUGAUAAAAGGCUUUUGAAAUAAUUUCAUACUACAAUAUCUUCCUUAAAAUGAAUAGAAAAAAGUAACAUAUACUUCCUCCCCUCCUCCUGCUCCCCAACCCACCCACUCCCACUUUCUGGCCCUGGCAUUCCCCUGUACUGGGGCAUAAAAUCUUCCAAAGACCAAGGGCCUCUCUUCCCAGUGAUGGCCGACUAGGCCAUCCUCUGCUACAUAUGCAGCUAGAGACACAAGCUCUGGGGGUGGGGGGUACUGGUUAGUUCAAAUUGUUGUUCCACCUAUAGGGUUGCAGACCCCUUCAGCACCUUGGGUACUUUCUCUAGCUCCUUCAUUGGCAGAGCCUCACAGGAGAGAGCUAUCAUAUGGUCCUGUCAGCAAAAUCUUGUUGGUAUAUGCAAUAGUGUCUGGGUUUGGUGGUUGUAAUAUGGGAUGGAUUCUAAGAAGGAAUGAAGUAUCCACACUUUGGUCUUCCUUCUUCUACUUCAGUUUCAUGAGUUUUAUUGCAAAUUGUGUCUUGGGUAAUCUAAGUUUCUGGGGUAAUAUCCACUUAUCAGUGAGUGUAUAUCAUGUGUGUUCUUUUGUGAUUGGAUUACCUCACUCAAUAAUAUCCUCCAGAUCCAUCCAUUUGCCUAAGAAUUUCAUAAAUUUAUUGUUUUUAAUAGCUGAGUAGUACUCCAUUGUGUAAAUGGACCACAUUUUCUGUAUCCAUUACUCUGUUGAGGGGUGUCUGGGUUGUGUCCAGCUUCUGGUUAUUAUAAAUAAGGCUGCUAUAUAGUGGAGCAUGUGUUCUUAUUACAAGUUGGAACAUCAUCUGGGUAUAUACCCAGGAUUGGUAUUGCUGGAUCCUCCGGGUAGUACUAUGUCCAAUUUUCUGAGGUGCCGCCAAACUGAUUUCCAGAGUGGUUGUAUCAGCUUGCAGUCCCACCAGCAAUGGAGGAGCAUCUUAGCCAUCUGACUGGUGUGAGGUGGAAUCUCAGGGUUGUUUUGAUUUGUAUUUCCUUGAUGAUUAAGGAUGUUGAACAUUUUUUCAGGUGCUUCUCAACCAUUCUGUAUUCUUCAGUUGAGAAUUCUUUGAUUUGCUCUGUACCCCACUUUUUAAUAGGGUUAUUUGGUUCUCUGGAAUCCUAUUUCUUGAAUUCUUUAUAUAUAUUGGAUAUUAGUCCCCUAUUGGAUUGAGGGUUGGUAAAGAUCUUUUCCCAAUCUGUUGGUGGCCCUGUUGGUGGCCCUUUUGUCUUCUUAAUAUUUUCCUUUGCCUUACAGAAGUUUUGCAAUUUUAUGAGGUCCCAUUUGUCGAUUAUCAAUCUUAAAGCACAAGCCAUUGCUGUUCUGUUCAGGAAGUUUCCCCUGUGCCCGUAUCUUCAAGGCUUUUCCCCACUAUCCCCUCUAUAAGUUUCAGUGUCUCUGUUUUUUUUUUGUUUUUUGCUUUUUUUUUUUUUUUUUUUUUGUGGAGUUCCUUGAUCCACUUAGACUUGAGCUUUGUACAAGGAGAUAGGAAUGGAUGAAUUCGCAUUCUUCUACAUGAUAACCUCCAGUUGAGCCAGCACCAUUUGGUUGCUGUCUUUUUUUCCACUGGGUGGUUUUAGCUCCCUUGUCAAAGAUCAAGUGACCAUAGGUGUGUGGGUCCAUUUCUGGGUCAUCAAUUCUAUUCCAUUGAUCUACCUGUCUGUCGCUGUACCAGUACCAUGCAGUUUUUAUCACAAUUGCUCUGCAGUACAGCUUUAGGUCAGGGAUGAUGAUUCCACCAGAGGUUCUUUUAUUUUUGAGAAUAGUUUUUGCUAUGCUAGGUUUUUUGUUAUUCCAGAUGAAUUUGCAAAUUGCCCUUUCUAACUCUGUGAAGAAUUGAGUUAGAAUUUUCAUGGGGAUUGCGUGAAUCUGUAGAUUGCUUUUGUUAAGAUAGCUAUUUUUACUAUAUUAAUCCUGUCAAUCCAUGAACACUGGAGGUAUUUUCAUCUUCUGAGAUCUUUAAUUUCUUUCUUCAAAGACUUGAAGUUCUUAUCAUACAGAUCUUUCACAUCCGUAGUUAGAGUCACACCAAAGUAUUUUAUAUUAUUUGUGACUAUUGUGAAGGGUGAAGGGACUUGCUGUGGUGGGAGUACUGGGUUCUGAUGAUGCCAAGUGGUAUUGGUUCCUCCUGUUAGUAAGAUUCUUAUGUUUGCCUUUCGCCAUCUGGCAAUCUCUGGUGUUAGAUGUUCUAACUGUCUCUGGGUAUAGCUUGUUCCUCAUGUGAGUCUGUUAGCCUCUCUCAGCACUCCUGGGAGACCAGCUCUCUCCUGAGUCCCAGGGGUCAGCAAGCUCUUCUCUGUUGGGAAGGUGCACAGAGGUCUGAGGAUCAGCUCAGCCUCCUGGCUGAAGGCCCGAAGGGACCUUCCCUGUCCAGUAAGCUCUGUGGCUUCUGUGACCCACGUGAUCUCCUGCUUGGACCAGCCUCAGAGAGAUCCUGGAUAGAAAAUAGCAGUCAGUGCUCUUAACCACUGAGCCAUCUCAUCAGCCCGACUUCUUUGUUUUAGUGCUCAGUUGUAUAAGGUUUUUUGCUUAAGAUACUAUAGCUAAAAGCCCAUUUAAUACAAAUUCUGCUAAUUAAGAUGCAUCCUAUUUUUAAUUCAAGUUUCAUUUAUUAAUGGUAAUAAUAAUAGUUUGUGAUGAAUUAACUGGCAUAAAAAUUUUGAACCUUUUUUACAGUGAAGGAGAAAACUUGGCCACUUUAUGAUAAUUCUGUAGUCUUAUACAUAAAUUUUCGAAAUAAAGAAUACCAUGCCACCAAUAUUGUCUUAUCACGAUGAUAGAAGCAGUUAUGUAUGUGUCAUUUUAACUUGUUUCACACACACACAAACACACACACACACACACACACACACAACUUGUUCAUUUCCUCUUAGCCAUAGGGAAGAGAUUCUCUGAAUCACUCAGUGAAUACACAAAACCCAGGAUAGUACCAAAACCCAUAAUAUAUCCUGUGCUUUUUCAUUAUAUGCAUACCAUACAUAGAUAGUUUAUAACAAGCAUAGAAAAGAUUAAUAACAAUGUUAAUAAAAUAAAAGUUACAACAGUUUACAAUUAAAACAAUGCCAAUGUGCAUGAUUGUACUUGGUUGCCUUAUUAAAUUGAAUAUAGCCACUCUGAUACUAUGACAGUUAAUCUAGUAACUGCAGCAGGUACUAUAAUUGAGUAAUGUAUAUACACUGUGUGGAUGGCUCUCAGCCCAGGUGGGAUAGAGACAAAUGAUGUGAGAUUUCAUUUUUAUGUCCAGAUCUGCAUGUAAUUUAUGAUAUGUGGAUUGUUUAUUUCUGGCAUUUUCAUUUACUAUUUGGUAUUAACCAUAGGUAACCGAAACUAUAAAAGUUAGGUCACAAACGCUGAAGGUCUAGGUAAGAGGCAACUACGUAAAUGUACUUCUAAAUGAGUGUUUAUAAUAACCAGCAACAGUUUUUGUUAUUUUAACAAGAAGAAAUGUGCAGUUUUCCAUGUCAGGAGACAAGGAAGAAGCACAAAUUAGUAAUAUAUGAAAAGUGACAGAAAUUGUUGUCAUAUGGUAUGUUUUUUAUCAAAAGAAAAUGAAAGUAAAUAGUGGUUUGAUCAACACUUACAAAAAAUACUCGAUUUGAAAUAGAGACACAGAUAAAGAAGUUUACCUUGAUAGCAUACUGCUAAUACUAUUGGCAUAUCAUUCAGUGAUAGAGUUUUUUGGGAGUUGUUCUGGAGGUCUCAUCAGACACAGUAGUGAGUGAAGAGAGGUUGAGGUGGUGAAAGCCAAUUCUACAAUGUGCCAAUGUCUAGUAGUGUUGUGCCUGCAUGCACCAAGAAAGAAGCAUAAAGAUCAUAGAGAUCCACUAAGAUUUCUGGGGUUUUUUGAUUGUUUGUUUUGGCAUACUAUUUUGCAAUUUUAAGUAACACACCAUUUAUUGCAGUGCUGGAUUAUAAUAUCUAUAGUUAAGUGUUGUGUAGUAUGAUUAAAAUUCAUUAAUUUAGCAAAUAAUUUUUAAUAUUUAAUGAGCAACAAACACACUGGGAUCCAGGACUAAAGAAAUAAUACCAUUCAUCCUAUGUUUGGUUACCGAUGCUAUGGGACUAAGACAAAAAUAAUUUAUUAAAUCUUAGUGUGUUAUGAAGUGUGGUAAUGUCCAGACGAGUGGCCAGGAGACCUCUGAUAAGAAUAUGUAGUAGGUAGCAGAUAUUGAAAUUCAAGGCUCAGUGUUAGGCAGACUGAUGAUGGGAAAGCCGAAAACCUUGAGUUCUGUUUCCACUGUUAAUUCAUACAAACUUCUAAAUGUCAGUUUACUCACUAGAAAUAGAGUAAGGGUCUGUGAGUUCUCAAAAUUAGAUUUAUAGGUUUUACAACACUGCCUUGUGUAAUAGCUUUCUGAUUAUUUAUAUAGCUGACAAUUUUUUCUAUAGUAGUAAAAAUAUGACAAACUUUGGGAAAAGUGCAAUCUUUGAAUGUUUUUCCGCUGUGAAUUUGCAGUGAUGCAAUUGGUCCCAUGAAUGAUAGUACAGGGAAGGUGGUUAAGGGGUAAUUAGCCGGUUGAUUCUGUUUGUAUAGGUCUAUACUGUCUCACAGGGGCGCAGGGAUGUGUUGCUUACUGCUAGGUGAGGAAACCCUGACGGACCACCUGUGUGGGAUCUCUGGACCUCUGGACAGGUGCAACAAGAAAAUGAAGGAGUCUACAAAGUUGUCCUUUGACCUGCACAAAUGACCUUUAUGUAUUGCUCUCCCCAUGCCUUGUAAAUGGACACAUACACUGGUGAUAACAAAAAUAAAAUAUAAAAUCCUUAAAAGAA